AUGGUCAAGAAGAAGAAGAAAUCCAAAGACAUUGAUGCCGCUUUAAUCAAGAAAGCCGCAAGAUUAUUAAAAGGCGAACAUUUAACUACCGAACAACACGAUGCGUACAGAUUACAUGCGCAAAGACGUAUACAUUUUAAGCGCUUAAAAAUACAUAUUGAUAAUCGUAAUGAACAAUGGAGUAUAGAUUUAGCAGAUCUAAAAUCAUUAUUGGGUUACAAUGAUCAAUAUCGUUAUCUUCUUGUAUGUGUUGAUAUUGCCACACGCUACGCGUUUGUAAGACCCUUGAAAAAUAAAAGUGCUAAUAAUGUGCGUAAAAAAUUUGAACAAAUCAUAAAUGAGGCGGGCGAAGCACCCAAAAAAAUUCAGGCUGACGAGGGUACAGAGUUUAAUCUGAUAAAAAAAGACUUUACUCUUUUUCACACGCAAAAUCGCGAAACAAAAGCCGUGCAUGCCGAACGUUUUAUUCGCACGUUUAAGCAAAUGAUUAUGUCCUCUUUAACCACUUUGAAUUUGGGGUAUCGUUAUAUCAAAUAUCUACCCGCAAUAUUGGAACGUUAUAACGAGUCACCAAAUCGCGGGAUUUUCGGUGCCCGUCCCGUUGAUUUGUAUGUACAUCAAAAAGUUCCUAAAAAUUUUCAAUUUCAACUUAUAAAAAGAGACUUAAAUACGCACACACAACCCACGACCGAUUUAUUACGCAAGGGAACGCGCGUACGCAUAGCGCGUGUCAAAAACAACACAUUUGAGAAGUCUAGUUUACGUCGUUGGGUGAAAGAAAUAUUUGUUAUUUAUAAAGUGUACAUUACCGAUCCUGUAACCUACAAAUUACGAGACAGUAAAGGAGAAGAUAUUGGUGGUAUAUUUUAUCGUCAAGAAUUACAAACAUUAUUAAAAUGA